GCUUUUUGGCUUCGAUUAACGGACAGCCUCUUUCUGACGAAUACCGUCAUCAAUGUUAGAAACAUGGCGGAAAAUGUGGUGCCGAAACUUUUUACAGAUUUGAACAGUUUCGCACAGAUUGGGGAAUAUGGAAAAGCUCAGAAAAUUGCAAAUAAAAUUUUGAAAGAACUUCCUAAUGAUAUUGAUGCCUUGAAAUGCAAAGUUGUCUGUCUCCUUCAUCAGUCAUACUUUUCAGAAGGUCUUGAUGUUAUUCUGUCCAUAGAAAGAAAAGGAAUUAUAGAGCUGCCAUUCGAGAAAGCUUAUUGUCAAUACAGGCUGAAUGAUCUAACAGCGGCUUUAAAGACACUAAAAGAUAUAGAAAAUCCAGGCCUCAGAGAAAGAGAACUUCUUGCUCAAGUGUUGUACCGAUUGGAGGAUUAUUCGGCCUGCUUUGAGCUUUACAGAGAUUUGAUAAAGAAUUCCCAGGAUGACCUAGGAGAUGAAAGAGAAGCUAAUUUCUUAGCUGUUGUUGCUGCUGCAAAAUUUUGGAAAGGACAAAAUAUUGGAGAAGCUCCAGACCGCGACGAUACAUUUGAACUGUGCUAUAAUUAUUCUUCACUUUUCAUUGCUAAAGGAGACUUGGACAAGGCUCAGAAGAAGCUCGAAAAGGCUGAAGAUUUGUGCAGAAAGAGCCUUCAAGAUGACCCAGACCUUACGGAAGAGGAACUUCAGGAAGAAAUUGAUAAAGAACUUGGGGUGAUCAGGGCUCAAAUGGCAUACAUCAAGCAGCUUAAAGGCAAGACCAGUGAAAGUCUAAAGAUAUACCAACAAGUGCUGAAAAGCAUGAAAACUAAGCCAUCAGAUGCUGAUGCAUUAGCUGCAGUGAUUUCCAAUAACAUUGUGACAAUAAACAAGGACAAAGAUGUGUUUGAUUCAAAGAAGAAACUAAGAAUUAUGUCUGCAAAUGGAUUGGAGCACAAACUAUCCCGAAAACAGCAAGAAAUCAUUGAAAUGAACAAAGGCCUCUUCAAUUUGUUUUCUAACCAGAUUGAAGCUUGCAAGAAAAAUAUAACAAAACUGAGAGAGACGUUUGAAUCGACAGAGAACGCAGCCUUGCUAGAAGCUGCCAUGUUGAUUCGUGACAAGCACCCAGAGCAAGCAAUCCAGUCUAUGAAGGAUAUGGUCGAGUCUUCGGAUGCUUCUAGCGAGAUCCAGUUAGCAUUGGCGCAACUCUACUUAACUAAAGGGAAGUUCAGGGAUGCUGGUAAUGUUCUUAAGUCAAUAGAAGAACUAAGGAAUACUCCAGCAAUGGUAUCAUUCCUUGUCAGCCUAUACACACAUCUGGAUGACGUUGAUGAAGCUGUUCAAAUUCUCAAUGAUGCUGUCGUUUAUUUUGACAAGCAAGGGGUUGACAAAGAGUUACUCAUAAGAAUCAUGCGAAAGAAUGCUAGUUACAAAAUGAGACAUGGCCUAGCCAAAGAAGCUUUGACUGCUCUUGAGCAGCUUCGAAAGAAGGACCCAGGAGAUCUGAAAGCAUUGGCCAAAAUCAUAACAGCAUAUUCUCAAAUUAACCCGAAAAAGGCUGAAGAAUACAGCGAACAUUUACCUCCAUUUGUCCACGAUGACGAAAUCGAGGUGGAUGUAUUGGAGAGCAAACAUCUAAUGGGAAGUAUUAAAUUCUCAAAGAAAGCUCAAAAUGAAGCCGAUCAAGACAAUCAGGCCCAAAGGUCUGAAUUGAUAUUAAAGAAGAAACGCAAGAAGAAGAGAAAACCUCGAAUGCCCAAAAGCUACAAUCCAGAUGUUGAUCCAGAUCCAGAAAGAUGGCUACCUCGUUGGGAACGGUCGACAUUCAAACAUAAGAAACAGAAAAGAGGGCAACUCGCAAGAGGGCCACAAGGAGCUGUCGCACAAGAUAUACCUACCUCUCCAUCAGCGAGGGCGCAGUCCUCUGCUGCAGCAGCAUCUCCUUCUCCUGUGUCAUCGCCACAGCCAGGUGCAUCAUCUUCCAGUCAUGUAGUACCCCCGCGUCAACAGAAGCCACAAGCUGCAAAAGCAAAGCCAAAGAAGAAGAAGAAAGGGGGUUGGUAGAUAGACAUUUAUGAAUCCAGUCUCAACUGUUCUUCUCUUAAGCUUUAUUGAUAUUUAAAAAAUUGGCGAUAGUA